UACAAUAAGCAUCCUCUCUCCUUGCUCUGUAGCUCCGUUUUCUUCCAAGUUCCAUCCCUUUGGCUUUAGGCAGAUUUCUUGGUCCUGGGCGCCCGGCUCUUCCACACCUGGGUGCCAGCGGGUGGGCAUCUGGGCUCGCCUCGUCCCUGCCUUGCUUCGCUCCGACCCUCUGCAAGGCCCGAAGCGCCGCUUCUCCCGCGCGGGUCCGAUCUUGGGAGACCGGCCAGGACCUGGGAAACCCAAGGACCGCUGCGACGAGCCCUUAGGGCAACACGCUUGCGGGUGAGGGGCGCUCAGCCGAGCUCCUUCACUUUCCUCCGGCUCCUCGGGAGCAAGAGCGUCAGGGGUGCGCGGCAGCCACACGGAGAGAGAUUCCCCGGCGCUCGGGCCCGCUCAGAUGCGAGGUUUGCACAAAGCCGCCCGCUCCGUAGCCGGAGCCCAGAGCCCUCGGCGGCUUCUCCUGUUUCUCUCCCCAAGCGCCCAGGCCGUCGUCCCUGCAGCCUGGCGCGGGUGCGGCGGCCGCGGCUUCUCGGCGAGGGUUAACAGCGGCCGCUUCCUCUCGGCGGCCCGGGAACGUGGAUAUCGCGCCCGCAGGAUGUUCGCCGGCUGGGCCGCGCAGUCAGGAAACAUGAGAAGACCUUGCUAUUCCUGUUCCCGGGCCGCGCGCGUCUGUCUGGGUAAAUAAAGCCGAGACGACGGCGGUGGCGGCGGGGAGCGCGCUGGAGCCCGUGCAGAGAACAUGCGGCGGGGAUGGGAGUGCGCCUAGCCUCGACGCGGGACAGCCAGCAGCCCUGCCGCGGGUCCCAGAACCCGAGCCCUGCGGAGUUCCUGGCGGCCGGGCCCAGAGGCGCAGCGGCCCCGGAGCGAGCCCCUGCCUGCCGGCACCAUGAACACCUUCGUCUUCAACAAGCUCAGCGGCGCGGUGCUGUUUGAGGAGCGCGGCGCUGCGGAGCGGGAGCGGGGCGGCAGGCCCUACGGCGGCGUCCUGGACAGCCCCCACCCCCGCCCCGAGGUGGGCAUUGCUGACGGCCCGACCCUCAAGGACAACCUCGGCCUGAGACACCGGCGGACCGGGGCCCGGCAGAAUGGCGGGAAGGUGAGGCACAAACGACAGGCCCUGCAAGACAUGGCGCGGCCGCUCAAGCAGUGGCUGUACAAGCACCGCGACAACCCGUAUCCUACCAAAACCGAGAAGAUCCUCCUGGCCCUCGGCUCGCAGAUGACGCUAGUGCAGGUGUCCAAUUGGUUUGCUAAUGCAAGACGUCGACUUAAGAAUACGGUUCGACAGCCUGACUUAAGUUGGGCUUUAAGAAUAAAGUUGUACAACAAGUAUGUUCAAGGAAACGCCGAGCGACUAAGUGUAAGCAGUGAUGAUUCAUGUUCUGAAGAUGGAGAAAAUCCUCCAAGAAACCACAUGAAUGAAGGGGGUUAUAAUAAUCCAGCUCACCAUCCAGUGAUUAAAAGUGAAAGCUCAGUCAUAAAAGCUGGGGUGAGGCCAGAGUCACGGGCCAAUGAGGACUACGUGUCACCCCCAAAGUAUAAGAGCAGCUUGUUGAACCGUUACCUUAACGACUCUUUGAGACAUGUCAUGGCCACAAAUGCUGCCAUAAUGGGAAACACAAGACAAAGGAACCAUUCUGGAUCUUUCAGUUCCAAUGAAUUUGAGGAAGAACUGGUGUCUCCCUCAUCAUCAGAAACGGAUGGCAACUUCGUCUACCGCACAGACACUCUGGAAAAUGGAUCCAAUAAGGGUGAGAGUGCAGCUAAUAGAAAGGGACCAAGCAAGGAUGACACUUACUGGAAGGAGAUUAAUGCAGCUAUGGCCUUAACAAAUCUUGCACAGGGAAAAAACAAACUACAGGGAACCACCAGCUGCAUCAUUCAGAAGUCAUCUCAUAUAGCAGAAGUAAAGACAGUCAAAGUGCCACUGGCUCAGCAGUUUUAAGAGUUUGUCAUUUUUCAGAUGGAUGACUGUUCUGUUCUUCACAUCGGUGUUUAUCAUAACUCCUCAUCUUAAGAGCUGAAGCUGGAAGGCAAAGGCUCCUUUCAAAACUCGCUGUAUUUUUAAUUAUCCUAAAUAUAUCACUUAGUUGCUUCUGUAAAAGAUAUAUAAAUUAUAAAAACUCGCUUUAAUCAAAACUAUUAACUUAUUUUAUGUUACUCGAACUAUGCAUAAAAUGUCUGCAUUGCCAUUACAGUUAAGUGCCUUGCUUCCCCAAAGUAACCUACAACGUGGGCAUAGUAAAUGGCUGUGCCUCAAAAUGACAAUGCCAUAAUGCUUACAAGUCUGUGUGUCUCAUUCCAGAUGGAACUAACCAUUCCAGAACAGAAACCAUAAUUGCUGAAAGCCCUUGAAAUGUAUUCAGUAAUUCACAUGUUAAAACUUGGCAAUCUGUUCAGCUUAAAACAGAAAUGUUCCUUUAAAGGAGAAAAAAAAAACCCUGUGCAAUAUUCUAAAUUGUUCAGUGUACUUUUCAGAGUAACAGUGAGAAUUUAUGCAUGUACCUCGCUUGCAUAUCAGCUAUAUUACAAGCUUCAAAAAUGAAAGAUUUGGUGUUAGGCUAAAUGUGUAUCUUUAAGAAUUUCAGUGAAUAUAUAAUAAUCAAAAAAAAAAAAACAAAACCUUGCUUAAAGCACCUCUGGAAAACACCACAAUGCCCUUUAGAAGUAAUUUGGAUUUUCUUUUCCUCAAGCUUUGCAGUUUCUUUCAUAACUUUAUUAUAUAAAUAACUCCAACUUUUCCCAUGUGGAGCUAUAGUUUGAUUUUAAAACAUAAUCCUGUUUGCAUUAGAGUUCAGUGGGUUUUUUCUUUCUUUCUUUCUUUUUUGUAAUGGAAACUUUCAUAUGGAAUGGCUGAAAAUCUUUUAUUUGGUUCAUUUUGAAUUACAAUUGCUGAUGGGCAAUUUAUACUGCCAUGAGAACAAGACAAUGAAAGAAAUGUAUCUUUGUGAAUAUACAUAUCCACAUGUAAAAUUUAUUUUAAAAUUUAAAACAUAUGGAAAGCAAACCGUUGAAGAGUCUCUGAAUUUUGCCAAGGACGACAUUAAAGAAAAAGUUAAGUGAAAUCAUGCUUUCAAAAAAGGAAAUUUUGUUUCCAAAUUUGACUAUCAUUGAAUGAGAAUAAUCAAUAAAAAAGAAAGAAGAAUAUCUUUUUCAAUCAAACAAUAAUAUUCUAAUCAGCUUGGGGAGACUUGAAACUUGAAUAAGCAGUGAGGAUGCCAAAUAUAACAGAGCCUGUGUGUGACAGAGACGUAUAGAAGAUUGGACUCUUCUGUGGUGGGAUGUUUUUUUCUGGGUAUAUAAUCUAUUUUGUAAUUUUUUUUAAAACUGGAAAACAUUUUUGGUGAGUGUGAAUGAGAGCCAAUAGUGCAGCCAUGUGGUAACAUUUUCUUUAUUUUGCAAAAUACUCUUAAAGCCAAAGGCUGCUUUAGCUGACAAAUGAACUAUAUCAUUCUUGAUAUAAAUUGUAGGAUACUUUUCCCUGUAACAUAGCAUUGGGGGAUUGGGUAUUUUUAGUGUAAUGAAGAUAAUUUGAUAUGAAAAUAUUUUGUAUAUAUAUAUAUUUACUUUGUUUUCUAAAUUGCUGUUUGCAAUGAGUGCAAAGCAAGAUUGUAAGUUAUGACUGUAUGAUCAGAUGAAGUAUGAGUUCACUUGGUUUACAUCCUUAUGUAGUUACAGUUACGUGAUAAAAACUUGGAAGUUUUUUGCGAAAACAACUUUGCCAAAAAAUUGUGAUCAUGUCCAUGAAAAUGAAGGAUAAAUACUUCACUCUUUUUCAUACUAUUUUAAGUUAUUCUAGUAUUAAAUAUUUUAAUAAAAUGUUUGUUCUAUACAUUUCAGUUAGGUAAAUAGAUGCCGGUUGUAUUUUGUUUGAAUAAGUCAUGAUUCAUUUUUCUUUUAUAAAAAAUCUUUUUAAAAAAAUCAGCAAUCUUUUUUUUUAGUAUAAAACACGAAUGGCAAUCCACUAUAGGGUGGCUAUUCACAUGACUAUUUUUAAAUACCAAAGUUUAGGAGUCUGGCCUGUAAAUACAUCAAGAAGAUUUAAUAAUUAGCACAUCCUUGGUAAUAUGUCCAAUUGCAAUUGUUUUUAACUUAUUUUUUUCUUCUGCUACUUUAACCCAUUCUGGAAGUUAAAAAUCCCCCAAAUCCUUUGGAAUCUUAAACAAUGCUGAGCCAGCAAUUGAGAAUCUUACUCAUUAUUUAUGUUGUAGAGUAGUAUAAUCACAUUUAUUCUUCAUUCUGCCAUAUGUAAUCAUUUUAAUAAAAUUAAUAACUGCCAGGA